AUGAGUCAGACUCGGCUUACCGAUACACGAGCCCCGAUGUCGACGUCUAACCAAGUCCCAGUGUCGACCAACGUCGAGCUCUCCCCCUCUGCGACCCUCUGCGAUGGCAACUGCGACGGCACCACGCCGAAACCCAACCGGCAACUGUCCACGGCGCGGAAGUACACGCUGCUCAUACUGUUCUGCGUCGCCCAGCUUAUCGACGUUUUCAACAACUCGGCAGUCAUAUCCGCGCUCCCGACGAUAGCCACGGACUUGCGCAUGUCCGAGAGCGAGUCGACCUGGGUCGUUAGCGCUUUCCAGUUGACUUUUGCCAGUUUCCUGCUCGUGAGCGGGAGGAUAUCGGACGUCUUUAAUCCGAAAUCCGCGUUCAUCAUUGGAUUCGUCGGGCUUAGCGCGCUCUGCAUCGGCGCCGGCUUCUCUCACUCCAAGAUUGUCUUGAUCGUGCUUCGGGCACUGGCUGGGAUGAUCGCGAGUCUGACGAUACCAGCGGCUCUCGCGUUGUUGGUCAACGUGUUUCCCGAGCCGACCGAACAGGCGCGGGCGAUCGGCAUAUUCGGUGGCAGCGGUGCCAUCGGCGCAGUGCUCGGAUUCAUCGUUGGCGGUAUUUUCGUGCAGUUCACUACAUGGCCCUGGAUUUUCUGGUUCCUCGCCAUCGUAUCGGUUGUGCUCGCAGCCGUAGCAUAUGUGUUAAUUCCCAAGCAAGAGCCCGAGCACGGGGCCGAGAAGAAGUCUCUCCUCUCCAGCAUUGCGAACCUCGAUAUUAUCGGCGUCUCCGUCCUUACAACUGCUCUCAUCCUCCUCAUUUUUGCUGUCACCUCCGGCACCUCCGCCGGAUGGUCCUCCGCGCGCGUCCUCGCCCCACUCAUCCUUUCCCCCUUCCUCCUCGCCGCCUUCAUCUACUACGAGACCCUCAUACCCGCCGCCUCCGCCGCGAUCCCCCCCGCGACCUGGUCCCUCCUCAACUUCGGCGUCCUCCUCGCCGGCGCGCUCCUCCCCUACUUCUGGUGGUACACCGUCGUAACCGUCUCCACCGGGCUCUGGCAAUCCGUCUACGGCUGGGACCCGAUCGUGACCGCGGUGCACUUCGUGCCCAUGACCGUCGUCGCCUUCCUCUGCUCCUUCGCCGGCCCGCUCGCGCGCCGCAUCGACCCGAAAUGGCUCAUCUUCGGCGGCGAGGCGUUCCUCGGCGUCGCGACCAUCCUCCUCGCGCUCGCGAGCGCCCGCGACGCGUACUGGCCCUUCGUCUUCCCCGCGCUCGUCGUCGGCUCCGCCGGCUGCAUCUUCGCGUACAUGAACAUCAACAUCGCCAUCUUCCGCGUCACGGAGCCGCGCAUGGCGGGCACCAUCGGCGCCAUCUUCAACGGCGCGCUUCAGCUCGGCUCGGCCGUCGGCAUCGCGGCCGCGACCAGCGUCGAGGCCGCCGUCGAAAAGCGGAGCGCGCGAAACGGUGGGCCCGGAUAUCAAGGGUACGAAGGGCGCGCGGCUGCGUACUGGUUCUUGCUCGGGGUGAUCGCGGUGCAGAUGAUCGCGGUGCUGGUAUUCUACCGCAGGUUGCCUGCGGUGACCGCAGAUACGGAGGUCGCUACUGGCGAGAAAGAGGGACCGGCUGAGAGAGUAUAG